AAGCCAUGCAACAGCACUCUUUACUCAUAGAACUCUCGAAUUCCUUUCAAACUGUUAGUCCACUGCAACAUUCACACUUCAGUAGGUCUACAACUUCUUGGCACUAACAUUCCCGUUCUGAAUUUUUUAAUCUUUGGCUCACAUGCAAAUUGCAAUCAUAGCUUAAUUUCAGAGGAGAAGAUCAAGAAUAUCAAAGUGGGUUGCCAUUGCUUGGUGAAAAGUGAGACUCACUUCAGGUUCUGGUCCAUGACACAUCCAAAUUUUGCAGAGUGAAGUUUCAGGCAGCUACUGACGAACUAAACACUUCUAGUAAGAAUGCAUGCUCAGGCACCUUCAACUCGGCCAGAUGACUACAACAUCAAGGACACAAAACCCCAGCUUGGGGAACGAUGGCCGCAUGGGGGAGUACGUGGUGGUGGAGGGUGGAUUAGCAGUGAAAGAAUCACAAGCACUUAUGAUCUUGUCGAACAGAUGUAUUACCUUUAUGUUCGAGUGGUCAAAGCCAAAGACUUGCCCACAAACCCUGUGACUGGAAGCUGUGAUCCAUAUGUGGAGGUGAAACUCGGGAAUUACAAAGGUAAAACACAGCGUUUUGAGAAGAAGACGAACCCUGAAUGGAACCAAGUUUUUGCAUUCUCAAAAGAGAAGAUUCAGUCUUCGAUGCUUGAAGUCUUUGUCAGAGACCGAGAGAUGGUAGCAAGAGAUGAUUAUCUAGGGAAGGUGGUCUUUGACAUGAAUGAAGUGCCCACGAGGGUUCCACCAGAUAGCCCUCUAGCACCGCAGUGGUACAGACUAGAGCACCGGCGAGGAGACAGCAAGGUAAAGGGGGAGAUUAUGCUUGCAGUUUGGAUGGGAACACAAGCUGAUGAAGCUUUCCCAGAAUCAUGGCACUCAGAUGCUGCUACAGUUCAAGGAGAAGGUGUAUACAGUGUCAGAUCAAAGGUGUAUGUUUCACCCAAAUUAUGGUACUUGAGAGUCAACAUAAUCGAAGCACAGGAUGUUGAAUCUCAGGACAAGAGUCAACUCCCUCAGGUUUUUGUCAAGGCUCAAGUUGGAAACCAGAUACUCAAAACCAAACUAUGUCCAACUCGGACAACUAGUCCAUUCUGGAAUGAAGACUUAAUCUUUGUAGCAGCCGAGCCUUUUGAAGAGCAGCUGGUACUUACAGUUGAAAACAAAUCAAGCCCAACGAAAGAUGAACUUGUAGGCAGGAAAAGCUUGCCACUUAACAUCUUUGAAAGAAGGUUAGAUCACCGGCCAGUUCAUUCUAGCUGGUUCAACCUCGAAAAGUUUGGGUUCGGAGUUCUGGAGGCAGAUAGGAGAAAGGAGCACAAAUUCUCUACUAGGAUUCAUAUCCGAGCCUGUCUUGAAGGUGCUUACCAUGUACUAGAUGAAUCAACUAUGUACAUAAGUGAUCAGCGCCCAACUGCUCGCCAGUUAUGGAAGCAGCCAAUUGGGAUCCUAGAAGUGGGGAUCUUAAGUGCACAAGGGCUACAACCAAUGAAAACUAAGGAUGGUCGAGGAACAACAGAUGCAUACUGUGUAGCUAAAUAUGGACAGAAGUGGGUAAGAACCAGAACAAUUGUUGAAAGCUUCAGUCCUAAAUGGAAUGAACAAUACACCUGGGAAGUUUAUGACCCUUGUACAGUUAUCACACUGGGGGUUUUUGAUAACUGCCACUUGGGAGGCAACGAAAAACCAGCGGCUGGAGGUGGACCUGGAAGGGACUCCAGAAUUGGAAAGGUGAGAAUCAGGCUAUCAACACUUGAAACAGACAGGAUUUAUACCCAUUCUUACCCACUUCUGGUUCUGCAACCAUCAGGGGUUAAGAAAAUGGGUGAACUUCAAAUUGCCUUUCGCUUUACCUGCUUAUCACUUACACAUAUGAUAUACCUUUAUGGUCGUCCAUUACUGCCAAAAAUGCAUUAUCUGCAUCCGUUCACUGUAAGCCAAUUAGACAGUUUGAGAUAUGAAGCCAUGAACAUAGUAGCAUCCAGGCUCGGACGAGCUGAGCCUCCAUUAAGGAAAGAGGUUGUGGAAUACAUGCUUGAUGUAGAUUCCCACAUGUGGAGCAUGAGAAGAAGCAAAGCAAACUUCUUCAGAAUUGUUUCCCUCUUCACAGGCAUGGUGUCCAUGAGUAAAUGGCUUGGUGAAGUUCGUCACUGGAAAAACCCAGUGACCUCCGUUCUAGUGCAUGUCCUAUUCUGCAUAUUGAUAUGCUACCCUGAGUUGAUCCUUCCAACCAUUUUUCUUUACAUGUUCCUCAUUGGAAUAUGGAAUUACCGAUUCAGGCCAAGGCAUCCUCCACAUAUGGACACUAAACUUUCAUGGGCUGAAGCGGUUCAUCCAGAUGAACUAGAUGAAGAAUUUGACACUUUUCCCACAUCCAAACCUCAAGAUGUUAUAAGGAUGAGGUAUGAUAGACUUCGUAGUGUGGCAGGAAAAAUCCAAACUGUAGUUGGAGAUAUGGCAACUCAAGGGGAGAGGUUUCAUGCUCUGCUUAGCUGGAGAGAUCCAAGAGCCACCUGCCUCUUCAUAGUCUUCUGCCUAUGCACAGCAAUAAUUCUUUAUGUCACACCUUUCAAACUAGUGACUCUGCUAGCAGGCUUCUACUUUCUGCGUCACCCAAGAUUCAGGAGCAAGAUGCCUUCAAUACCCAGCAACCUCUUCAGAAGAUUGCCCUCUGGAGCUGAUAGUAUGCUCUAAGUAGAAAACAUAUGCAUCAGGCAAUGUGCUAUUUGCUUUUUGAAUGAAAUGUUUGUCAUGUCACUCCAACCAAGUUUCUAUGAAUUGAUAUAUCUGUAUCCAGGAUUUGAAU